AUGGCAGAUUCCACCGUACGACAGCGCAAGCCCGCGCCUGAAGAAGAGCCACAGAAGGUGCAGACUCCGGAGAAGGAGGAAACGGAGGAGACGGAGGAGACCCCACUCAAGAAGGGCAAGAAGGUCAUUACAGACAUCGACGAUGAGGAGCUCGAUUCGUACAACCCCUGGGUUGAUAUCCUUCGGGUAUUGACCUUCCUCCUAUUGGCAUCUUGCGGACUCAGCUAUGUCAUCAGCGGCGGAGACAGCUGGUGGUGGGGACUGAAGCAUAAGCCCACCUACAUGACCGUCGACUACUGGAAGGAGAUUCUCAAGGGACCAGAUCCGCCCAUCAACCUCACCCUUGACCAGCUCGCCACCUUCGACGGCACCGACCCCGAGAAGCCCCUUUAUAUCGGCCUCAACGGUACCAUCUACGAUGUCUCCAAUGGCCGCCGUAUCUACGGUCCUGGCGGCUCAUACCACGGUUUCGCCGGCGUUGAUGCCGCACGCGCCUUCGUGACGGGCUGUUUCGCCGACGACCGCAACGCCGACCUCCGCGGCAUAGAGCUUAUGUACAUGCCUCUCGACGACCCAGAGAUCGACGCCCACUGGACCGAGAAGGAGCUCGCCGCCAUGCGCGUCCAGGAGCUGGAGGCGGCCAAGCUAAAGGCACACAACGCGCUGCUGCACUGGGUCAACUUCUUUUCCAACAGCAGGAAGUACAAGAAAGUUGGCUCUAUCAUCAGGGAGAAGGACUGGCUGGAGAAGGAGGAGCCCAAGAAGCUGUGCGCCCCAGCGGCAAACGGGAGGAAGAAGAGGACAGUCCCUACGGUCUAG